UUUCCUUUAUUACUCUCUUCCUAUUCUCCCUUUUCCUUUCUUACUUUGUCCCGGAACCCUAACUUCAUCUGCGUUCGGUUUGCUUAUUUCUCAAACCGAAAUUUCGGUUUCAACCCGAAAUAAAUAAAUAAUCAUUUCCCCUCUGUUUAGACCGUUAGAUUACAAGAAGAAGAAGAAUCGCAACGGAGAAGGGAAAUAAUUUCUUCUGUGCCCUAUUAAAAUUCAAUUUCCCGCUCUCUCCUCCUGCCCGCACUUUCGCAUAUCUCGGAGAGCGGUACUGCCACUCCCUAGCUCCGGCUGCUUCGCCUGGUGGUAUUGUAGGAUUAUUGGCUAUGGAAACGGAUGAAGAGCAGCGGGUGCUUCCUUUUCAGCUUCAAUUCGAUAGACCUGUUGCCUCCCAGAUUAAAAUUGCGGAGUGGAACCCAGAAAAGGAUUUGUUGGCGAUGGUUACCGAGGACUCCAAGAUUUUGUUGCACCGGUUCAAUUGGCAACGGUUAUGGACAAUCUCCCCUGGACGAAGUAUUAAGUCUUUAUGUUGGCGUCCUGAUGGUAAAGCCAUUGCUGUUGGGCUUGAAGAUGGAACUGUUUCAUUGCAUGAUGUUGAAAAUGGGAAGUUGUUGAGGAGCUUGAAGUCUCACACUGUUGCUGUCGUGUGUCUUAACUGGGAGGAAGAUAGACAACUGGUUCAAGAAAGAUCUCGUAACAUACUGGUAUACGAAGAUCGUACUCCUCGUUUCUUCCCUCCUGCUCCAAGGGUCCCGCGGAUGCCUGGACUUGUGUCAGGAGAUAGUGGUUUUAUGGAUGACAAUGAAGAUUCAUUUCGAGAGCUGUCAAAUUAUUCUCACCAACGCUUUAAUAUCCUAUGUAGUGGAGACAAAGAUGGAAGCAUAUGCUUUAGCAUAUUUGGAAUAUUUCCAAUUGGUAAAAUCAAUAUACACAAGUUUUCUGUCUCCAGCGCCCUUAUGGACAAGCACGCCGACUACAGGCUUCUCAAUGCUUCCAUUUACAAGGUUGCUCUGUCAAAGGACCUUUGCAGUUUGACAGUCCUCUGCUCAGCGGAACUAAACGGGAGUAUGACUGAGUCAGCUGGGAGUCAAAUUGAAGGAAAUGGCAUACUUGGCUUCCAUUGCUUAGUGCUGGAUACUUCUAUAUUUUUGAAGAGAAAAAAUGAGCUUCAUCAGGUGGCCCAACAAGCUUCUAGCAUUGAGGACUUAAAUGAGGUUAUUCGGUCUUCACUAUCAGUCAUGUCUAAGCAGUGGUCAGAUGCCAUGCAUAGUUUCCAUGAGAAAUUUAAUUCAUUGACUACUCUGAUCAUUGACCAUGGACUGGACUCAUCUCCACAAGAGGAGUUUUUGAGCCUUUUAAGUGGCGCCCGGACUAGUCCUCCCGUUCACCAAUUUCUGGUCAACUCCCUAGGUGAAGUGGGUGUGAAGCGUGUGUCAAAGGUUGUUCCUAGUGCUGGAAAAGAACUUCAGAGAAUUGUGCUCGAUCAUCUUCAGCCUGCUGCGGAAAUUAUUGGAUUCCGGAUCGGGGAACUAAGAGGCCUUUCAAGGUGGCGUGCACGCUAUCAGAAUAUUGGUUUGGACGAGGCACUUAUCGACAAAGCAAUGGAAAAAUCUGGUAUGCUAUUGGUGCAAAUUGAACGGUUUAUGAGGGUUCUCUCAUCUGUGAUGCAGCAGUUUUCAAAUUUCUUCAGCUGGCUUCUUAAAUGUAUAAAGAUACUUAUGCAAGAACCAAGUGAUCAGCUUCUGCCAUAUAAUAGUGAACUUGUCAUUAUAUUCUUGAAGUUUCUAUAUGAUCAAGAUCCUGUCAAGCAGUUGCUGGAGCUUUCUGAGGAUAUUGAAGUUGAUUCGGAAACAAUACAAAGAGUUCAAGAACUAGUACGGUUUGGAGGAUUUUCAGAUUGCGAGUAUCUUCGCAGGACAUUGGCUUCAGAAUUUCAACAAAUGGAGACUUGUUUUAAGGAGGCCUUCCAGAUGCCCUUUAUUACCAUUUCAAGAAAGAUACUCUGUGAGGAUUUGCAGUCACUAUUUCCACUUCCAUCUCCACCAUUAUCUUUGCCUGUCACCAUUCCUAUUGCAAUAUCAUAUUAUGAGGAUGCCUCCCAAACAGUUUCAUCUUGUCAGCCUUGUCGGCGUGGGUUCUUAGAUUAUGUAUCUUUCCGAAUACCCAAUGAGCCAUCCUCAGAUAUUGCAAAUUGUGUAGGCAUAGCGAGGGGAUUUACGCAUGACGUGAGCAGCACAAAUAAGGUUUAUGUUUCAUUUGAAGCUGUGCUGUUGGCUGUUCCUGCUGGCUAUCACUGUAUCGAUUUGUCUUUGUAUAAGGAAAGUCAAAUUGUUUUGUUGUUAAAUGAGGUGUCUGCAUCCUCUGAAAGCUCAGGAGAUGCCUUUAUGAUGAUCCUGCAAGCUAGUGAUCUGCCUUUUGCAUCUCUUUCAAGAUCCCCUUGUCUACAUCGUUGGAAGAUGCAUCAACUAAAGGACUCUAUUGUGUUCCUGCAAAUGGAGAAUCAGAAGGUUCGGAACAUUCCUCAUUCUGUAGUUGCUCCUUUGGCAGUCAGUGCGUCCAGAGGUGUAGCUUGUGUAUUUGCAGCAAGAAAGCGUGCCUUGGUCUACAUCUUGGAGGAAGACGAAGAUGAAGUUUCAGAUUCAGGAUAACUGUAAAGUUCUGUACAUUAUGGUAAAUUAUCAUUGCUUAUUUAUUACAAUUAUUGUUAUGGCAUAGUUCCUUCAGGGACAUCCGAUAAAAUAGAUGUGGCCUAUCUUAAUACUUCAUUUUAUUCCCUUCCUGGCAAAUAGAUAACUGGUUUUGGUGGGGAUUUUACAAAUGGCUUCAAUCUUUUCUUUGUCUGAGGAAGGGAAUUGUCAAAUUUCAAAUGAGGACCCCCUAAUCAUUUAUGUAUUUUCAUUUUUGUUUUCCUUUUA